AUGUCCUCGACCGAGUUGCUUAUUCAUUCCUGUGCGGACAACCUCGGCCCUUCGCUGUUCUCUCUUCUAAGGUUGCAUUUUCAAUCAAAACAUGAUUCCCUUACCCUCAAACCCUCAAAAUGGAAAGAGAGUCGCAAGCUGAGCCGUAGAAAGCUUGAUAGUUGGAUGAUAGAGGCUUGGAAAGGCCUCAACACUCUCCAGGAGAUCCGUGGCCUGCCGCGAGCUACGAACAUCCCCUCAACAACAUUAACGUCAUCGUCUAACCAUUCACCUAUUUUACCCCUUCGGAACUUUCAUUGUCUUUACCACAUAUGUGCCAUUUUCCGGUCUUCCUGCCAUUCGACUAGUUUCCUAAGCUCCUCCAGUAGUCAAUCAUGGACCUUAAGUUUUUCCAGGCUAAUCAUUGUGCUGCCAGCACUGCCAUUCCCCUUUCUGGUCCCAACUUUACCAAAAUCCCUCAAUUUCAGCGGGCGGAUCGACCAAUUGUCUCGGCGAACGAUUCCCUCUCGCAAAAUCCUAUCGACGUCAAUUAGGGUCCAAUGGGUGCAUAAAACGCAUAUUCCCCCCCCUCCACUGAAUUUUGAGUUCGCUUAUAUGAGGUUCCAUGGAGGGAAGAGAGGAGAUGGCAUUGAGAAGGGAGAAGGGGACAACGGCAACUUCGUUGUCAACAGGUCGAAGUCUGUUGUGAGUUUUAGCGGGCUAGAAGGUAUGGACGAAUACACUGCUGUCCAACGAUAUGUCACUUCAUAUCGGACCCAAGAGCUAUACAGACGAAUAAUUCGACCGGCAGCAAAAGGGAGCUUCCUCCCAAGCCAAACCUACCGAUCAGGGACUGUUCCAGAGAACUGGUUGGAUACAGAUAUCCACCAAGGGAUCUCUAUUGCUGAUGCGGGUGUCGGGUGUAAUAAAAUUACGGCAGAGAAGGAGAAUAUAUUGAAGAAGUUUCUCGGCUACUUCACUAGGCCCAUCCUCGAAGGUUUAAUUUCUAGCAAUGUUAAUCUCUCAAGAUCAGCUAACAUGGAUGAAGUCGUGAAAAUCGCUACUCUUUUCGCUGGCUUGAGCCUUGAAGGGCGAUAUGCUAUGAAGGCAACCGUGAUUGAGAUGGCUCGCAGCAUUCCUGGAGCUAUCGUAAGGCGGACAUUGAUGUCAUAUAGGAGGCUCGCUGCCUUCGAUACGUCAUCAUCGAAGAAAGCCAAACAGUACCAGCUGAUGCUCACAUUACUGACUGAUGAUGAAGAAGAUUCUGAGAAUCCAGUAUUGCAAGGCCAUGCAAUUGUAGCCACCGAUCAGUCUGCCGUUCCUGGAGAAUCUCUUGCUAUUGGUAAAUAUAUGGGUGAAGUUGGUGAGUCAAUCUCGUUUCCCGUUAUUGAAUCUGUAUUAGAGGCGAACCCUAUAGCAUCCCUCGUGGAAGGUGCCAUAGCUCAGGAACAUUUCAAGGCAAUAAUGAACUCAAUUAGGACGUUAUUACUCGUUCUAGUUGUGUUCUGGACCAUGGUAGCUUGGAUUAGAGGUUUCUUCCGCCGCCUGAAGAUUGCAACUCCUUCCAACGGCUCCGCCAAUCUUCUAAACUAUGCUUUAAUUUUCCUUAUUGUUGGCGUUCUUGCCUUUGAGAAGGGGAAACGAUCGCAGACGCUAACGAAACCCAGCCUACCCGUCGCCACCACUACCACGUUGGCAGUUGGUGCUGCAUAUCUGGCGAAGCAGAAGGCGAUUGUUCAGAAACCCACUGUCAUUGAAUCAUUGGCUGGUGUCGAUGUGCUAUGCUCCGACAAAACGGGAAUAUUGGCGGCUAAUCAGUUGAGUAUUCGAGGCUUAUACGUAGCCGAGGGUCAAGACGUGAACUGGAUGAUGGCGGUUGCCGCUCUGGCCUCCUCCUAUAAUCUUAAAUCUCUAGAUCUAAUUGAUAAACACACGAGGUUCUGGGGUAAGGCUGGAAGACUGAAACAUUUACUCCCUUCGAUCCAAUUUUCAAAUGUAUCACGACCGUAUAUCACAUGGGCGGCGACAAAUACUUCUGUGCAAAGGGAGCUCCGAAAGCCAUUCUCAACUUUUCAAUUUUCGAGCUACCAAUUUUGCCCGAAAAGGCUUCAGGUCCCUUGGGGUUGCAUACCAAAAAGACGGCGUACGACCGCACAGACCAUUGUCGAGACUCAACAACUUAGAGUACUUGUUAAGAUGUUGACUGGAGAUGCAAUCGCAAAUUCUAAUGAAACGGGCAAGAUACUAUCAUUGGGAAUGAAGGUUUACAACUCUCAGAAGCUCAUCCACGGUGGUCUAAGGUACAUUGCGACUCUUUUCCAACUAAUUCCAAAAAUUGGAACAACGCAGCACGACUUUGUGGAGCGUGUAGAUGGAUUAGCGGAGGUUUUCCCCGAGCAUAAGUAUCAUGUCGUCGAGAUGCCACAGCAACGAGGUCAUUUGACCGCUAUGACUAGAGACGGUAAGUUGAUGCCGUCGCAGCCCUCAGUUCGCAUCGUCCUUACCCUCGGGACUUGGGUUAUCCGCGGUACGACGUAUCUUCUCACUGGUGAUAUCAUGCGAAACUUCGGCUCUAAUUGGCUUAUCUUCUUGCAAUUGCUACAGUUUUCACGCUCUUUGGAUGACUCUCCGGUACGUUGUGGUUAUUUGAACUUAUUCGCUGGUGUCACUAUCGUCAUCGCAGUUGCGAAGGAUCGAAGCCGCAAGGAUCCUUCAAUUGAGAACAUGAUUGUGGUGCUAAGUAAAUGUGCAGUUGAGCAUGAGAUGAACAAGAAUGGUAGGGAGAAGUAUGUACUGGCUACGAGGGCUGUGGAGGGGGAGGGGGAGGAAGAAGAUUAUUUGGGGCCGGUGAUAUAUGGUAGAAGUUGGGACGAUUUUCGAAUAUUUAUCCUGCCAUACAUUAUAUAUAUAGAUAUCAAAGAUCUUAUGACUGACACGAGAAAACAUCCUGAAACUUUUCUCGUUGAGGCUAGCUCCUUGAAAGAGAGGAAUAUUCAGAUACUGGAUUCUCGGAUAUACCCAGAUCAUAUACUCACUCAUCCGCUAAACAAAUUCAGUCCUCCCAAGCAUCCCUCUUCAGCUUCAUAA